CAGACAUUACAGUUUGUCCUUUCAGUCUUGGAGGCUCUCUGGUCUUGACGCAGCAGUUUUUGUAAGAGGAGAGAAAUUAUGGAAGAAACCAAACAGUGAAAUGUUGGAGCCGCAGCUCUGACACAUGGCACAUUUUAAACAGCUGGACCGUUAUCUUUUGUUUGUCGUGCGUCGAAAAGAAAUCACGUUUGGGAGUAUCACGGUCAUGACAUCACGUGGAUUACAUCAGAGGACGAGAACGAAAAGAGACGAAAGUUCAGGCAGAUAAUAGACGCAGGAUCACAGACCAGACUCUCCUGGACCCAGCUGUGAGUCCAUGAUGAGUGAAGGCUGUAAAGCUCUUUCCAAAGAUGGAAGGAAACAGAUGCAGACACCAGACCCUCCUGGACCCAGCUGUGUGUCCUUCAAGAGUAAUGAUUCUAAAGACAUCGAUAUUAACUUUAAAGGUGAAAGUAUGAUGAACAAGACACCAGACCCUCCUGGACCCAGCUGUGUGUCCUGCAAGAGUAAUGAUUCUAAAGACAUCGGUAUUAACUUUAAAGAUAAAAGGAAACAGAUGCAGACACCAGACCCUCCUGGACCCAGCUGUGUGUCCUUCAAGAGUAAUGAUUCUAAAGACAUCGAUAUUAACUUUAAAGGUGAAAGUAUGAUGAACAAGACACCAGACCCUCCUGGACCCAGCUGUGUGUCCUGCAAGAGUAAUGAUUCUAAAGACAUCGGUAUUAACUUUAAAGAUAAAAGGAAACAGAUGCAGACACCAGACCCUCCUGGACCCAGAUGUGUGUCCUUCAAGAGUGAUGAUUCUAAAGACAUCGAUAUUAACUUUAAAGGUGAAAGAGUUCAACAGGAGAGCACCGAGGCUCCCCAGUCGGCCCAGUGGUCUCAAAAAGACCUGGACUCCAUAUUUGAGCCGCUAAAGAAGAACAUCCACAGGUAUGUGGAGAAUGAGCUACAGAGAAUCCUGAGGGUUUUAAGUCCAGAUUAUCAAGCAGGCGUGGAGAGUGACAAUGAGGAUGAAGAUCAGAUGGAUAUCAGAGAUGUAACUCUGAAGCUCACUCUGCACUUCUUGAGAAGAGCUAAGCGGGGGGAUAUGGCUGACUAUCUGCACAACAGGACUGUCACUGCAGUGUGCCAACAAAAACUCAAGUCUAACCUGAAGAAGAAGUUCCGUUGUGUGUGUGAUGGGAUUGCUAAAGAAGGAAUCCACACCCACCUGAACGACAUCUACACAGAGCUCUACAUCACAGAGGGAGGGACUGGAGAGGUCAAUGAUGAACACGAGGUCAGGCAGAUUGAAACACAAUACAGGAAACCACACAGACCUGAAAAAACCAUCAGACAAGAAGACAUCUUUAAAGCCUCACCUGGAAGACAGGAACGAAUCAGAACGGUGAUGACAAAGGGAGUGGCUGGCAUCGGGAAAACAGUCUUAACGCAGAAGUUCAGUCUGGACUGGGCUGAAGGAAAGGCCAACCAGGACAUACAGUUCACGUUUCCGUUCACUUUCAAGGAGCUGAAUGUGCUGAAAGAGAAACGGUUCACAUUGGUGGAGCUUGUUCAUCUGUUGUUUCCUGAAACCAAAGAAGCAGGAAUCUGCAGGUUUGAAGAAUUCCAGGUUGUGUUCAUCUUCGACGGUCUGGAUGAGUGCCGACUUCCUCUGGACUUUAAAAACAACGAGAUCCUGACUGAUGUCACAAAGUCCGCCUCAGUGGAUGUGCUGCUGACAAACCUCAUCAGGAGGAAACUGCUUCCCUCUGCUCGCCUCUGGAUAACCACACGACCUGCAGCAGCCAAUCAGAUCCCUCCUGACUGUGUGGACAUGGUGACAGAGGUCAGAGGUUUCACUGACCCACAGAAGGAGGAGUACUUCAGGAAGAGAUUCCAAAAUGAGGAACAAUCCGGCGCCAUUAUCUCCCACAUCAAGACAUCGCGAAGCCUCAACAUCAUGUGCCACAUCCCGGUCUUCUGCUGGAUCAUUGCUUCAGUUCUGGAGGAUGUGCUGAAGACCGGAGAGGGAGGAGAGAGAGGAGAGCGAGGAGAGCUGCCAAAGACCCUGACUGAGAUGUACAUCCACUUCCUGGUGGUUACGUUCAAACUGAAGAACAUAAAGUAUGGUGGAGGAGACAAGACGGAUUCACACUGGAAUCCAGAGAACAGGAAGAUGAUCGAGUCUCUGGGGAAACUGGCUUUUGAGCAGCUGCGGAAAGAAAAGUUGAUCUUCUAUGACUCGGACCUGACAGAGUGUGGCAUCGAUAUCGGUGCAGCCUCGAAGUACUCGGGAGUCUUCACGCAGAUCUUCAAAGAGGAGAGAGGACUGUACCCGGACAAGGUGUUCUGCUUCGUCCAUCUGAGCGUUCAGGAGUUUCUCGCUGCUCUUCAUGUCCAUCUGACCUUCAUCAACUCCGGAGUCAACCUGCUGUCAAAAGAACAAAAAACAUUCAGGUGGCCCUUUAAGAGGGGAAACAAAUCAACACGUUUCUAUCAGUCUGCCAUCGACCUGGCCUUACAGAGUCCAAAUGGACAACUGGACUUGUUCCUGCGCUUCCUCCUCGGCCUUUCCCUGGAAAGCAAUCAGAAGUACAUGCAAGGUCAGCCGACACCAAUAAUAGAGAACUCGCAGACUAAAAAGAAAACGGUUCAGUACAUCAAGAAAAAAAUCCGUGCUAAUCUGCCUGCAGAGAAAAGCAUCAAUCUGUUCCACUGUCUGAAUGAACUGCAGGAUAGUUCUCUAGUGGAGGAGAUUCAGGAGUCCCUGAGAUCAAGAAAUCUCUCCGCAGACAACUUGUCUCCUGCUCAGUGGUCAGCUCUGGUCUUUAUCUUACUGUCAUCAGAAAAAGAUCUGGACGUGUUCGACCUGAAGAAAUACUCUGCUUCAGAGACGGCUCUUCUGAGGCUGCUGCCAGUGAUCAAGGCGUCCAACAGGGCUCUGUUGAGUAGCUGUAAACUGUCAGGGAGAAGCUGUGAAGCUCUGUCGUCCAUCCUCAGCUCCGAGUCCUCUCAUCUGAGAGAGCUGGACCUGAGCAACAACAACCUGCAGGAUUCAGGAGUAAAACUUCUGUGUGGUGGACUAAAGAGUCAGCACUGUAAACUAGAGACUCUCAGUCUGUCAGGUUGUCUGAUCACAGAGGAAGGCUGUGCUUCUCUGGCCUCAGCUCUGAACUCCUCCAACCUGAGAGAGCUGGACCUGAGCUACAAUCAUCCUGGAGAACCAGGAAAGGAGCGGCUGUCUGCUCGACUGAAGGAUCCAAACUGCAGACUGGAGAAGCUGAGUUUGGACCAUGAUGGACCGCAGAGACUGAAACCUGAUGUGAGGAAAUACGCCUGUGAACUGGAACUGGACACAAACACAGUGUCCACGUUCCUCAAACUGUCCGACAACAACAGAAAGGUGACGCGUGUGUUGGUGGAAGAGCGGUAUCCUGAUCACCCCGACAGGUUUGAAAACUGGCCUCAGCUGCUGUGCGGGGCCGGUGUGACCGGUCAGUGUUACUGGGAAGUCGAGCUGAGCGGACGAGUUCUCGUAUCGAUGACAUACAGAGGAAUCACAAGGAGAGGAGUCAGUAAUGAAUGUGCGUUCGGAUGGAACGAUCACUCCUGGAGUAUGAUCUGCCAUGACCGUGGUUACAUCGUCAGGCACAACAACAAAGAAUCAAAGAUCCCCUCCUCCUCCGUCUCUAACAGAGUAGGAGUGUAUGUGGACUGUCCUGCAGGCACUCUGUCCUUCUAUAGAGUCUCCUCUGACACACUGAUCCACCUCCACACCUUCAACACCACAUUCACUGAACCUCUUUAUCCCGGUGUCGCGCCCUGGUCAGCAGGCUCCUCCGCAUCCCUGUGUCCUGUAUCGUAUUGAGGCUAUCUCUCCAUUAGCUACAUGUGUACAGUGAAUGACAGACGGAAGUGGAUCUCUAAACACCAGUGUUGGAAGUACUGUAACACCACUUGUUUUUGCAGUAAUGAGUACUGUAUCUACUUAACUUUUCAUUUUCAAUAACGCCGUUAUAAUCACAUAAAAGCUCUCGUUACUUUAAGUGUAAUAGCCGACGACUACAUGAGAUCAGAAUCGGGGAUUAUUGCCAAGUACAUUUACACAUACAAGGAAUUUGAUUUGGUGUAUUGGUGCUAAAAAAUUAACAAGGAAAUAAAGCAGAACUAGCAACAACUUAAAUAAUACAGAAUAAGAAGCUAUUACAAUAUAUGAAAUAGAAUUUAAAAAUGUAGGAGCUGUGCAGUGGACUAUGAGGGAAAAAAAAUUCAGUGUGUGUAACUACUCACAGAGUGCAUGUAAGGAAGAUACAUUUUUAAAGUCCAGUGGGCGUUAAUGUAACGCAUUCACAGUUUCAGCAUUCACAUUACUCAAGAUCAAGGUUUAUUGACGUUGAUUCGACAGGCGAGGUUAUGCUAACGCUAGCAAAAUAGCGUCUUGGGAAGAAAGAAUGUCACGUGCAGUAAACACACACGCAGGCUGAUGACCGUUCAGGUGUGAGCUUUUCCAUCUUGGAGAUAUCAACAUUAGUUUCCCCUGCUUGAGAUAAACAACACGCUGUCAGAGAGCCCGGUGCUGAGACUAAAGCUCCGUUACAUUAUUUAUUUAUUUAUUAUGUGUUAAUGGCUACAAUGUUAAAUUAAAUCUGUGAGUAAUUGCCUCUCACUGCCACAGCAAAACUAAGAAACGUUAUCAUUGGUAGAAGUAUUGAUGCAAAAAGAAAGUUAUGAUGAUCAUUUUCCAAUGCAGUAACUUGCAUAUCACGGCUAAACACUCUGUGUAUAUAUGUUGGAAAAAGAAGUAGCUGUUUACAUUGGACAUGAAGGAGAACUGCAUUUGACUGAGGAAUUGAUGGGAUGUGCGAUCUGGAAUCUGUAUAUUGUGUUUUAUUUUGAAAUUGACCGGAUGCUCUGCGUUCGAUCUGCUCUGCUCGGCGUGACGCGUGCUUAUGCUUAUGGUUACUGUUCCAAUUUAUAUUUUUGUCAUCAAAGAGUUUCUACAUCUGUUUUUGUACACAUUUAAAGACAAAGAGAGAUUCAUUAAAUUUGCAUAUUCAUUCCAUAAGAUAACUUUAUUAUUAUGAAACUUUGAAUAUUGACGAAAUCAUUUCUCAAACAAACAGGUAGAUCAGAUUUUUUUUACACAACUUUAAGGACAAAUGUACAUAUUUAAAAAAAAUGUUAAGUGUCAAAAACAGUCAACAACUAAACGUGACUGAAGUUGUCUACUGUCCUGGCAUCGAUGAUGCCCAAGAAUUACGUUAACUACAAGAGCUUGAACUCACUCACACUUCUGCCUUAUAUGUUUACAGUCAGCAUUGUGCAAUGAAUAACUAUAUAUUAAUCAAGACUUAUAGUUAAGUAAUUGACUGUUUUAUUAAAGGGCAUUUUUUAACUAUUAAAUCAAAACUGACAUGUUUUUGAACAUAAUGGAUGUAUUGUAUUUUAGUUCAUUUUGAGACCAGUUAGAGCCUCUAUUGCAAUGAAUGAAGUCAUACCAGACUGAUGUAUCUGUAACCAAAGCUAGACUGAGUGAAUUUAAUUGCACAAAUAAAUUUAUGUUAAAAGAUGUGAAUCACUCCUUGUGAUGUUUUAAGCAUGUUCAUUCUUCUUUACCGUUUUGUUUUUUUUAACAAAUGAAUCUUGUGUGUUUUGAAGUUUCUCAACAGUAUUUGUGUUUUCAAACGUCUGAGUUGUCCGAUCCCAUUUCAUUUCUCGAUAUGGGUUUAACAAUAAAGCCAUUUAACAUCA